GCAGCGCUGGAGGAGCGACGGGUAUGGCGGAGUUCCCGGGAGACUAGUCAGUCUCCGUCUUUGUGUCUGUGUCUGGUAGCGGGCCUUCCGGGAGCCGGGAAAUCCACGCUUGCACGAUGUCUGCUGAAGGCCCUGCAGUCGAAGAAGCAGUCGUUGCUGCUCUGUUACGAUGAACUCAUCCCGAGAGAAGCGUUUUCGCUUUUGGGACAAACUGACGCUGAUCGGUUCACGGAUAGCUCUGCAGCGACGGGUACCCUCUGGAAGCUAUACAGGCAUAAGCUGCUGGCUUACAUUGAACACUUAAUACAGGCUAUUUAUGGGAAUGGCUACCUUUCUGUUUCUGGCAGAGAAAAUGAUUCAACCUGGGAAUAUUUCAUUCAGUCACUGAAACAGCAACACGUUAUCUCUGGAGAAACUCAGCUUGGAGUGCAGCAAUAUGCAGUAUUGAAUAUGUAUUCGAGACCUUUGGUUAUAAUUUUAGAUGACAACUUCUACUAUCAAAGCAUGAGAUAUGAAGUUUAUCAAAUAGCACGGCGAAAUUCCGUAAGCUUCCUUCAGCUGUUUCUGGAGUGCCCCCUUGAACUAUGUUUACAGAGAAAUCAUAAAAGAAGCUGUCCGGUAAACGAUGAAACAAUAGUCCUGAUGUCAACAAAAAUACAGCCACCUGAUCCUGUGAGAAAUAUAUGGGAAAAAAACAGUCUGACACUGGAAAGUACAGAAAAUGUGUUGGAAAUGGAUACUCAGAAGGUGUUUGAACUACUUGAUGUUUCUUUAGAAAACCCAGAAAAGCCAUUUGAAGAAAACAUUGAACAAAAGGCAAUAGAUCGUGCCAUUUGUGCAGCUAGUGUUCUUCAUCAGGCUGAUCAAGCCAUCCGUCGUUUGGUAUCCCAGUCUAUGAAAACUGCGAAAGAUAAGAAACUACCUGCAUCCAAUAUGAAGUUAUUGUCUGAAGAACUUAACAGGCUUAAGACUGUGCUCUUGGAGGAUCUUCGACAUGUCAAUUUCCAACACAAUUCCAAAAAUCAGUGUGCUGAUAUUAAUGCAGUUGUUGAAGAAGUUGCAUACAAAUUUGAUCAGAAAAAGGAAGAAAUUCUAAUGAAUUUUCUAAAAUUCUAGAAUUUAUAUUACUUAGUAAUUUACAGUAGGCCUGUUGCUCCUGCAUGAUAUUUUAUGCCUCAGUGCUUAUGCUUAUUUAUGAGACCUUGAAUUUUACAAGUCAGAUUGUUCUACUGGAAAAUUGUGGCAUCUCUUGCAUAAGACUUGCAAAACUGGUAUUACCUUUCUGUUGUUAAGGUACGCUCAGGAACAAACAUGGUGCAACCGUUGUGUAAUAUGUAACAGCCAUAAAUCUGUUGCAAUAUGUAUAAAUACACUAUAUUAUCUAGAUGUAGCUCAAAUAUUCAAGAUUACUGCUCUUCACUUUUUGGAGACUUGAGAAUUUCUUCACACUAUAAAAUUUUGGUCCAUAAAAAGACAUGUUUUAUUUAGUGUGAAGUAUAAUACUUUCAAUUCCUUUCUACACUCCAACUUCCUUUUUACUUUUCUGGAUGUAGUUAUCUAGCUUCUUUGUAAAGUGGUCAUUUAAACUAAGCCUGGACAGUGAACUAUCAACUCUUCCUUUUUAAAUGUGAGGCAUUCUGGCUGAGUUCAAUUUGGCCUUUAUCAUGUGUUCAAACACAGUUUAUUGGGAUACUAAGUAGUAAUCAGGUGUGGGCAUCUUUGUAAAUUUUGAUUUUCUCUCCCCAGCUGUUAAAUGUUGAAGCUACUGGUAUUAUCCCAACUGUUAUCACGUUGGAAGGCCUUAUCUAGAAAAAAAUAAAUGUUGCAGAUUGAAUUUAUUAUCUUGAUAAUGUUUGUCGUUUGUGGAAACCUUAUGGGUGGUUCAUCUCUAUAUACCCUUUUGAAGAAAACAAUCUUUUGUUUUGCAGAUGGUUGCUUACUGCAGUUUUAAUUAUUGCUGUGUUCUAACAUUGAAAAGUCAUAAUUACAUUUAUUUCGAGAACUUAGAUAAACACAUUAACUUAAGACUGUUGCGUAGUCAUAGUCAUUGUCCUGUUAAAGUAGUUAAGAAUUCCUUUGUCUGGCAUACUUCUUGCUGUUUUUUUUCUGUUCAGAGUAAUAAAAAAUAUUUUUGCAUCAAAA